UACAUGCUCCAGAAGAAGGAGGGACGGAAUGUUACCUCCUUGCUGUGAUGUCCUAUGACCGAUACAUUGCUAUAUGCCACCCACUGCGUUACCUGGUCCUUAUGAACAGGAGAGUCUGUAUAGGGCUUGCGGCUGCUUCCUGGCUUACCAACUUCCUGGUGUUAAUGGGUUACAUUGCGGCCAUAUUCACCCUACCCUUCUGUGGCUCUAAUGAAAUCAACCAUUUCUUCUGUGAUAUUCCCACGGUGAUGAAACUGGCCUGCGGGGACACUCACAUGACUGAAAUCGCCAUUCUCCUGGUUGCCCUCUUCUUUGUCCUGCUGCCGUUCACACUCAUCCUUGCUUCUUACGUUUGUAUCAUCUCAACCAUCCUGAAGAUGCCUUCAGCUGAGGGCAGGCAGAAAACCUUCUCCACCUGCUCCUUGCACCUCCUGGUGGUGACUCUGUUCUAUGGGACAGCCUGCACCACGUACCUGAAACCCAAAUCCAGCCACUCGCCAAAUAGUGACAAACUCAUUGCUCUGCUGUACUCUGUCGUGACCCCCAUGCUAAACCCCAUUAUCUACAGCUUGCGGAACAAGGAGGUGACAGGGGCACUCCGAAGAUUAACUGAAAAAAAUGUACUCAGGCACCAAGAUUUUCUACUGCAUUUAUGGAAGCUUUGCUAUUUUUGUAAAAUUAGAAAGGCACUGUGA